AUGGGGAACGAAGCCAGCCUGGAGGGAGGCGGACAGCCGGGGGAGCCGGGCUCCGCUGUACCGAUGGCGGCAGCUCCCGGUUCCGUUUCAGCACCAGCGGGAUCUGGACAGCUCAUCAAGCCCAGUAAUGGUGCGCCAGCCGGGAGCGGACCAGCGGCUGGGCCGGGCCCGGGGAUUAACAGCCCCCCUGCACACGCGCCGGGGCCCAAGCCGCCGGCGUCCCCCGACGAGAGCAGGACGGGAGCGCCCUACCGCCUGGCCACGCACGAGAGCCCCGCCCCGCAGCCCGGAGCCGGGCGGGGCCAGCACGCCGCCCGCCUGUCGCUCCAGGUGGACGUGGGCGGGGCCGGCAGGGCGGGGUCGGGCCGGUCCCCCGCGCCGUCCCCGGACCGGGGCAGCGCCCCCACCUCCCCGUACUCCGUCCCGCAGAUCGCCCCCCUGCCCCGCAGCAAGCUGUGCCCCGUGUGCAACACCACGGAGCUGACCGCCCAGGACCCGCCAAACUCCAACACCUGCACGCAGUGCCACAACACCGUGUGCAACCAGUGCGGCUUCAACCCCAACCCUCACCUCACACAGGUGCAGGAGUGGCUGUGCUUGAACUGCCAGAUGCAGAGAGCUCUGGGGAUGGACAUGACCACGCCCACGCCGCGCUCCAAGAGCCAGCAGCAGAUCCACUCUCCCUCUCACCACGCCAAACCAGAGCCCCAGAGCCAGCCGCCUGCCCAACCUGCUGCCCAGCCUGCUGCCCCGGCCCCCGCCCCGGCCCCUGGCCCCGGCCCCGCCCAGGCCACACCCGCAGCGAAAGCCCCUCCCCACGCCUCGCCAGGACCUCAGAGGCAGGCCGGGCCGGCGGGCGGAGCCGCACACGCGCGGCCUGACCAGCGCCUGCCCCAGCCUGCGGGGGGCGCUCUCCCGGGCCUGGCCAAGGCCCCGUCUCAGCCGGACCUGUCCCGGCCCGCCCCCAGCAGGCAGGACCACACGCGCAGCGCGGGGAGCUCCCCGUCCCGCCAGCUCCCGCCGCCCCAGGACCAGCCGUUCGGGAAGCUGUUCGGCUUCGGCGCCUCCCUGCUCAACCAGGCCAGCACGCUGAUAUCCGUGGACCCCGCCCCGGGCACGGCCCCGCCCCCGUCGCCGGGCAAGCCGGCCCCCUCCGCCGCCGGGAAGGCCCCGGGCCCCGCGGGCAGAGCGGGGGGGGGCCCGCCCCCGCAUCAACAACAGCCCCCGCCCCAGAACCAACAAACCCCGCCCCCGCACAAACAGGCCACGCCCCCGCAGCACCAGGCCCGCCCGGGACCCGGCCCCAAGGCCGCCUGCUGCCCGCUGUGCAAGACGGCCCUGAACGUGGGCGGCGCGGAGCCGCCCAACUACAACUCCUGCACCCAGUGCCACACGCAGGUGUGCAACCUCUGCGGAUUCAACCCCACGCCCCACCUGGUGGAGAAGAGAGAGUGGCUUUGCUUAAACUGUCAGACGCAGAGGUUGAUGUCCGGAAGCCUGGCCGAUGCACCGACCCCUCAGCCAUCUCCGAAGCACCCUCCAAUGGCCUCUCCCCAGCACCAACCUCCAGCCAAUCAGCAGCAGCCACUGGUGCAGAAAGGGCCCAAUCAGCAGCCGGUGCCAUCAGGCCAGCCGCAGCAACAGAGACCGGUCGCCGGCCAAGUAAGUGGGCCCUCUCCCCUGGCGAAGCAGCCUGGGCCCCCAGUCCAGGCAGUGCCCGCGGUGUCGAGGGAGGCCCCGGGCGGGAAGCACGCCCCGGCGAAGGCCACGCCCAGGCAGCAGGCGACCGCGCCCAGGCAGCCGCCGGUCACAGCCAAACCCCCCCCGGAGCCCACGCCCAAGGUUGUGGAGAAAGAGCCGGAGGGCAAACCCACCCCUCCGAAGAAGGGCGAGGCGGAUCAGAUCGCCCCGGCGAAAGACAUCAAGAGGGAAGGGGGGUCUCCGAAGAUUAGACGCAGCGAUGAGGGCGGUAAACCCGCGCCGCAGGACAUCACGCGGAGCCCCCAGAGCCUGAGCGACACGGGCUACUCAUCGGACGGGAUCUCCAGCUCCCACAGCGAGAUCACGGGGCUGAUCCAGGAGGAGGGGGUGAAGCUGAGCGAGAGGGGCCUCAGCGAGCACAGCCCCCCCAGCCCCUCGGAGAUCACCAAGCUGGAGAGCUCCAUGCGGCCGCUGCUGGAGGCCAAGGCCACGGCUGAGCAGGACCGAGGCCGGGGGAAGCAGCAGCAGCAGCCCGGCGGCGGGGACGUCCGAGACGCGGACGACCGGAAGCAGCGGCCCCGCUCGCUCACCAUCGGCCAGGAGGAGGAGGCGGCGGAGGAGGAGGGCCGGCGGAUCAGCUCGGCCGAGUCCUCGGACGACCUCAGCUGCCGGCUGCGGCACGACUACGUGGAGGACAGCAGCGAAAGCGGCCUCUCCCCGCUCCCCUCCCGGCAGCGGAAGGGCCAGCGGGAGACGACGGACGAGGAGUUCAUGCGCCGGCAGAUCAUGGAGAUGAGCGCCGACGAGGACGAGGUGGAGGAGGAGGACGAGGGGUACGGCUACGCCAAGCCGAAGAAGAGCCACAAGCACGGCACCGACGCCGGGAAGGAGAAGCGCCGCCUCACCCAGCACUCCAACAGCUACGAGGAGGACGGUAAAGGGUCCGCCGACAACGGGCAGGACAGCCUGAUGGCGGGGGGCUUGCGCCGCUUCAAGACCAUCGAGCUGAACAACUCCAACAGCUACAACCGUGACAUAGAGCUGAGCGCCGAAAAUGACCUCGCCCUGGACAGGGAGCCGGAGCUCGAGAUGGAGAGUCUGACCGGCUCCCCCGAAGAGCGGUCGAGGGGGGAGUACUCAUCCACCCUUCCAGCAACAACGCCGAGCUACACAUCCGGCACCUCCCCGACGUCCGUGUCCUCCAUGGAGGAGGACAGCGACAGCAGCCCCAGCCGCCGGCAGAGGCUGGAGGAGGCCAAGCAGCAGAGGAAGGCCCGACACCGCUCCCACGGGCCACUCCUGCCCACCAUCGAGGACUCGUCUGAAGAAGAUGAGCUGAGGGAGGAGGAGGAGCUACUACGCGAACAGGAGAAGAUGAGGGAGGUGGAGCAGCAAAGGAUACGAAGCACUGCCCGGAAAACCAAGAGGGACAAGGAGGAGCUGAGGGCGCAGAGACGAAGGGAGAGGUCCAAGACUCCUCCCAGCAAUCUUUCCCCCAUCGAGGAUGCGUCCCCGACAGAAGAGCUCAGGCAGGCGGCUGAAAUGGAGGAGCUCCACCGUUCCUCCUGCUCGGAGUACUCUCCCUCCAUUGACUCCGAGGCGGAGGGGUUUGAAAUGAUGGCCUCGAAGUUGUACAAGUCCGGCAGCGAGUACAACCUGCCCACCUUCAUGUCUCUGUACUCCCCGACCGAGAAGCCGACCGCCACCUCGCCAUCCUCCAUCGACAAGCCACUGAAGAGUGCUGAGGAGGUCUAUGAAGAGAUGAUGAAGAAAGCAGAGAUGCUGCAGAAGCAGCAAGGGCAGGUGAGGCAGGGGAGCACAAAGCCAGGAGACGUUCGAGGUCCGCAGCAUCAACAGGCGGGUCAACCGGGGUAUAGAAAUAGCACUCCCGCUAAAAUGCAGCAGGCUUCUGCCCAGGACCCUAGACGGAAGCCAAGCAGUGAGGUGGAGGCAGCCUACCCGGAUAAGCAGCUCUUGGACACUGGAUUUGCUAAGCUGCUGGAGCAGAACAAUGCCCUCCUCACACCUGGCACCAGCCCCACACAACUUGCAGCCCCGGUUUCCUUCUCUGGACAAGAGGGCGCGGGUAGAGGGGUGCCAGAUGUGCGAGUAACUCAGCAUUACACGAAAGAUGGACAGAAGGACCGGAUUGCAGCUCAGGCUCAUAAAACCGGAGCUGUGAGCCAGGCCACAGUCAGUCAAACCGCAAACCCAAAUGACCGCCAAAUAGGAUCUGUAGCUGGAGGUCCCAACGCUUCGAGCAGGAUAGCGGAGAUGACACAGGCUUAUAGUCAACGAGAACAACCAGGAAGGAGGACUGCUGCCCAAACAACACACAGCACGCAGGCUACAUCCCCAGACCCCAGCAGUGGAACCCUUACCUCCAGAGUUUUUUCUUACUUCAAAGGUUCAAGUCCCCCUCUCUCUCCCUCCACCUCUCCCACGCAGAGCCCUACUCACUCUCCAUCCAGAAUAGGUGCCACUGAGCCCUCAACACAAAGAGCACCCUCAGCUGGUUCAGGUGCUGCCUCCCCAGUAUUGGGUCAUGGGACCCAGACACCACAUAGAACUGUUUCACCACGUCUCUCCAGGCAACAGUCCUCACAGGACGCCCCCUUCAUGGUGAUAACAUUAGGGUCUGAGCCCACUAGCCCCAGCAAACCUGUGACUGUAAAUUCUGCCACUUCCCCAAUAACCUCCCCAACAAAGCUGACCCAUCAGCCAGUGUUUCAGACUCAUGUGCCUGCAGCAAGUUCCCCAAGUUCUCCACAACAUCAGUCAGUCCAUAGCAUGCACAAGGCUCAGGCUAGCACCAGCUCCACUAGCUCCUACAGCCGGGGUUCCAUGUCCAUGGAGAACAUUUCCCUCUGCAGGAUCUCCACUGUUCCAGGCACCUCCAGGGUGGUGGAACAAGGCCAAAUGAUGCCUAGUGGUAACGUAGUUGACCUGAGGACCCCUAUGAAACCAGCCCCUAUCAUAAUGACAGAACAGGGCAUGGACCUGACAUCUUUGGCAUCAGAGACUCGUAGAUACUCAUUAGGAGCAGAGUCAAGUCCAAGCCGCCACACGGCAGUUAACCCCCUCAUCAUGAACCUGAACGCACAAGAGCAGUUACACACAGCCUCUUCAACGGCAACAACAGUGAGUGUUACAGUGGCAGCAUCCAUGUUUAUAUCGCAGCCAAAGCAGCCAGUGGUCUAUGGAGAUCCAAUGCAGAAUCGAGUGGACCUGGGUCAGGGGGUUGGCUCGGCAGUGUGCCUGACUCAGACCCGGCCGAUACCAUCACACGAUCCAUUCCUUCCAAAGAUAGACGCCUGCCUGGAAGAUUUGGGUAUUCAGCAGCAACAGCUGCAAAAGCAACAGCAGAAGCUUCAGCAACAGCAGCAGCAACUGGAAGAGCAACUUCAGCAGCAUCAACAGACAUCUUUCGCCAGGUACAACUUAGCAAACCAAGUCCAACCGUUGCUUAUGAAGAAAGACUUGCUUGUGAGUCAAACAAGUGGCGCCCAAGCGGUGGUCAAUGUCAGCGCAAUUCCCAGGACCUCUCCUCUCCCUCCUCAAGCCGGAACCUCUCCUGCCCUUCCCCAUGAUAUCUACGGAGGAGCUCCCCUUGAGCUGAAGAACAAACCCACAGUAAUGAACCUGUCCACAGGCAAACCCCACGUCAUGGUGGUCCAGCUAGACGCCAGCGGCCAGAAGGGGUCCACGGUAACCCAGCUGGUUAAGCCUGAGCCGCCUCCUCCUCCUCCCCAGGAGGUCCUGGACCUGACUGGCCAGAUCAAGGCUGAGAACCAGGUGGCGUGCUGUGACGUGGUCUACAAGCUUCCCUUCGCCGGCACCUGCACAGGGCCCUUCGCGCAGAAAACCGCAGCGCUAGAGAAGAAUCCGACAACCGAACAAUCUCAAACUGCCCACCUACCUUCAACGGUCGCCACCCAAGGAGGGACAGAAGAGUGUAAGGCGUACUCCUCGCCCAUCUUGGGAAGAUUGCAGCCGUCCAUGUCGGACACUAAUCUGGCCGAGGCUGGGCUGCAGAGUGAGUCCGGGGACCUUGCGAUGGACCUGAGCACCAUAAAGCAAGCCUGCGAGGGGGGAUACCUGGGUAUGGGGAUGCAGUAUGGGUCGUACACAGAUCUCCGCCACCAGGGGGACGUCAUGGCGCAGCCGAUGCCUCUGCGACGGUACGGCUCCAUGUCAAACAUCAACACAGACCUGGGCUACUCCCGCGACCUGUCCAGCUUCCAGGAGGCCAACUUAGCCCAAUACAGUGCCACCACUGCCAGAGAAAUCAGUCGAAUGUGUGCAGCUCUCAACUCAAUGGACCAAUUUGGGGGACGGUACAGCAGUCCCCCUGACCUCCUGCAGUAUGGCGCUGGAAGGGGUGCCAGUCCAGCUAGUCGGCUGAACUUGCAGCACAGCUUGGCGUCAAUGAGGGCCAACCUAAUGAUGGGCCCUGACGUGAGGCAGCCCGCACAUAUGCAAGCUUAUGCUAACCUGCUCAAUGCUAGACAAGCGAGCCUCCGAGCGCUCUACCCCACUGCCGUGAGAGCGGCUGACGGAAUGAUCUACUCAACUAUCAACACCCCAAUUGCCUCCACCCUGCCAAUCACCACACAGCCUGCCUCUGUCCUACGGCCCAUGCUCAGGGGAGUUUACAGACCUUAUCCCACAGGUAGUAUGACUGCCGUACCCUUGGCUAGCCUCACCAGGUUGCCUAUUGUAACUCCAAGGAUGCCUCUGUCCCCACAAGGACCUCUCCGUUACCUUCCUCCUAACCAAUUCUCCACAGCCCAUAUUUCUGCGCCUACAAGUGCAGCAGCUAUCACCACAGUGCAGGAUACUCCUGUAUACCUUGGGAAGCCUUCAGCGGCCCCCACAGCAGCCCCCAUCAGUUCACACACAGCUACAACUAUUCCAACAGGGGCUACUGGCCACUUAGGAGUCGCUGUACCAACUGCUGGUAUCCAUACAACAACAAUGCCCGUCUCACCGUCUGUUGGAACACCUGCAAACCAACAACAUCUCCCAAUGCAAACAACACAAGUCCAUCCCCAAAUGCAGCCUCAAAUACAGCCCCAGAGCCAGAUUCAAAUGCAGUCUCAGCCGCAAGCUGAAAUGCAGCCCCAGAGCCAGCCGCAAAGUCUCCAACAGGCACAGACUCCAGCGCAGCCCCAAACUCAAUCACAGGCGCAGCCAGCGCCAGGACCUCUGCCGACCUCUGCCGCCAGCACCACCGCCACUGCCAGCGGCGUGAAAUCUGAGAAGGAGAAGGAAGAGGAGAGGUUCCGGCAGCAGCAGGAGCAGCUCCUGCAGCUGGAGCGGGAGCGCGUGGAACUGGAGAAGCUGCGUCAGCUGCGCCUGCACGAGGAGCUCGAGAGGGACCGCGUAGAGCUGCAGCGGCACCGGGAGAAGGAGCAAAUGCUGGUGCAGCGGGAGAUACAGGAGCUGCAGACCAUCAAGCAGCAGGUCCUGCAGCAGCAGCAGGUUGAGAGGGAGACGCAGCUGGUCAUGCAGAGGGAGCAGUUGGCGCAGCAGAAGGCGCAGCUGGACCAGAUCCAGUCGUUGCAGCAGCAACUGCAGCAGCAGCUGGAGGAGCAGAAGAGGCAGAAAACGGCCGCGGCCGAAGCAGCCGCCGCGGCCGCAGUGGCUGAAGCGGCCGCCGCGUCUGCGGCUGUGGCUGCGGCCACGUCUGCACAGGGUGCCAUACAGGGCAUCGCAGUGGUCGGGGGAACUGCUCCUCAGGGAUUCUCUAUCAUCUGUGACCAGAGUGGCAGAGUAAUUCAGCAGGACUUGCCACCCGACCUUCAAAGGCCCAUGAGCCAGAAUGGACAGUUCUGGCAACCUUACAUGGAGGGGCACGUAGUCCAGGGAGUGGUGACCGCGCGGACUUUGCCCAACUCUGCUUCCGAGAUAUCUCUUAGGAGCAGCGAGGACUCGUUGGAGACGCGGGCGAUGAAGAAGCGCAACUCCAUGCCCCGUCUGCGGGAUGGGGCAAGGGCAGAGGGGGAGGAUGGCCUUCCUACUGUGAAAAGGAUUGCGGAUAGCAGUGUCCAGACCGACGAUGAGGAUGGGGAGGAGCGGUUCAUGCUAUCCCGGCGGAGGAGAACCAGGCGUAUCGCCGAUUGCAGUGUCCAGACGGACGACGAAGACCAGGCCGAGUGGGAGCAGCCGGUCCGUCGGCGCCGGUCCCGCUUCUCUAAACACUCCGAGGCGAGCGCCGAGACCAAGGCGGAGGCGCCCAAGGUCACCUCCUCCAGCAUCGCCAUCCAGACGACCACCGACUCCUCCUGCCAGACCGAGCCUGAACAGCUGGGAAGGGUGUCCCCGGCAAUCCACAUCACCACGUCCGAGUCCAAGGUUGAGGUGCUGCACUACAUUUCGGCCCCGGAGAGGACGCAGAAAGGAGAGAGCCUGGGUUGCCAGACGGAGCCUGAGCCCCAGUCCCACGGAGUGGUCGCUCCCCAACUGAGUGUGCCCACCACCAUCAGUCCGUACUCCACCAGCAUGCAGAUGGUGGGCUCCGGAGGGUCGGACCCUCACAGCCCACGGCAGCAGGGCAUGGCCAAGUUUGAGAGGAGGAAACCCGACCCACUGGAAAUUGGCUACCAGACUCAGAUGCACGGUGACUCCCUUUCAAACAUGGCCCGCCAGCCUCCUAAAUCACCCCAGGUCCUGUACUCUCCCGUCUCCCCGUUGUCCCCCCAUCGAAUGCUGGAGACCUCGUUCUCCUCCAGCGAGAGGCUCAAUAAGGCGCACGUCACCCCGCAGAAGCACUUCACGGCUGAGGCGCCGCAACGUCACCAAACGCUGCCCCGCCCGAUCAAGACUGUGCAGCGGUCCAUGUCUGACCCGAAACCGCUGAGCCCCACCUCAGAUGACUCGUCACGGGCCAGGUUCUCCUUGUACCAACAGCAGGUUCUCCAGAACAGCCAGCUGAUGGCACUGCAGCAACAGCAGAAUUCAUUGAUGCGGAAGGUGAAACGGACCCUGCCCAGCCCGCCUCCAGAGGAGGCCCCGCUCCCCAUCGUCACCCCCGCCCUGCCCCAGAUGUAUGCCUCGGCCUCCUCCCUGGGCCAGCGGGUCCCCAGGUCAUCGACCGCCAUCACCAAAGCCGGGCUCCUGAGCGAGCUGAAGGCCGUGGAGCAGGAGUCCACCAAGCUCCGCAAGCAGCAGGCCGAGCUGGAGGAGGAAGAGAAGGAGAUCGACGCUAAGCUGCGCUACCUGGAGCUGGGCAUCACCCAGCGGAAGGAGAGAGAGAAGAGGGAGCUGGCUUACUUGCGCUCCGUUGGGGAUGGCCGCGACUAUGCAUCGGACAGCGAGCUCAACAACGUGUGCAUGGCCCCCGCAUCUGCCUUUGACCCUAAUGGUCUGCUGGGCAAGCCCAGCGGUGCUCCUCUCAGCCAGUUCCCCUCCGAUCAACUGGCCUCCGCCCAGUACUCACUCUCUUCGUCUUUCUUGUCUUAUCAGUACCCACAGGGCCAGCCAGUUCCACAACCGGCCCAGCCCAGCCCCGCCUACCAGCAGAUAGGCUUCCAGCCUCCGCAGUACCCCACUAUCUCACAGGCUCAGCCUCAGCCCGGGACCUGUCAGCCCCACCCAUCUCCCCCAACCCAUCACCCUCAGGGGACAUACCCCUCCCAAAGCUUCCCCCAGAGCCAACUCUCCUAUCAGACUGACAUGGGACACCCUAGCCUGCCUGGGUUCCAACCCCCAUCGGGCCCCCCUCCAUACCCUAGCCAGACCCCCUACCAGUCGAGCCAGGGACUGGCUUUCCAGCCACAGGCCGAGGUCCUCUCAGUUCACCAAAAGCCACGGCAGACCUCCUUAGCUGACCUGGAGCAGAAGAUUCCCACCAACUACGAGGUCAUCAGCAACCCCACUGUGGUGGUGACCACCUCAGCUCAAGACGGCACCUUUAGCAGCCCUUACACCUCCACCACGAUGUCUAAUAUGUAUGGCCAGUACCGACCCCCUGAGCAGACUUUGUCAGACCGGAUACGCUCUGCAGACAGCCCCACCUCUGCCUACACCUCAGAGGGCCUUUACUCCAACCUGGAGCAAAACAUCCCUCGCAACUAUGUCAUGAUUGAUGACAUCAGUGAGCUGACUAAGGAGAACAUGGGACAGGGCCCAGACAUGCACAGUCGGACAGACAUCCACGGGCAGCCGCCAAAUGGUCGUUAUGGGAGUGAGAAUGGCCCCACCCGAACCAUGCCCUACGGAGAAGAGCCUGAGUACCAAUAUAGCAGCAGCAAGACCUCCUCUGCUUACCACCAGCAAGGAACGGAUCCACAUGGCCGGGGUGGGGGAUCCUCUUAUUAUUACGACGACUACAGCAAGCACCCCUCAUCGCGGGGUGGAACCGGCGUCCAGAAGCACUCCUCCAAGAGCCUGGCACCAGCCGUGGUGUCAUCGUCCAAGCGUAGCAAGCACCGGAAGCAGGGCAUGGAGCAGAAGAUCUCCAAGUUCUCCCCUAUUGAGGAGGCCAGGGACGUAGAGUCCGACCUGGCCUCCUACACCAUCACCACGCCGUCCGGUGGCAGCUGCACAGUGGUGUCGCGGGCCAAGAAGCUCGGGGACGAAAUCACGCACGGGCUGAAGAAGAAUGUGUACGACCAGCAGCGGUACUAUGGGACGUCUAGCCGGGAGGCCCUGGAGGAGGAGGACCGCAUGUACGGCUCUGGCAGGUCCCGCUCGACCGGUUACGGGAUGGACAAGAUCUCUUCCCGGGACUCGGGCUACCGGAGCAAGUCGUACGAGCGGGAUACGGUGGAGCGGGCCCAGAGGGGCAGCCACAGAGGCAGGUCCUCCAUGCGGCCCCAGCACUCGGAGGAGGAGAGCCCCCUCAGCCCUGUAGGGAAGCCCAUGGGCGUCGGGCGGGCUCCCCCGGGGGUUGAUCCGCAUGACAGCCGCAAUCAGUACGGCUCCAGCCAUUCCCUGCCUGACGUGGACCACCACACGAAGGACGUGCCCCGAAGUCACGUCUACAAACCCGACGACCCUUACCUAGUGGACGAUAUGCAUUGCGCUGUGUCUGACAGCGAAGCAUAUCAUUUGGGACAGGAGGAGACAGACUGGUUCGAAAAGCCCCGGGAAGCCCGCUCGGACAGGUCCCGGCACGGGGGCGGCGGCGGCGGCGGCGGCCACUCCUCGUCUGGAAGGCGAGGCCACGUGAAACACACCUACCACGACUACGAUGAGCCACCGGAGGAGGACCUCUGGCCGCAGGAGGACUACGGGACCCCGCGGCACUCCUCCUCGCGGGAGCACAGGCACCACGGCGGCGGCGGCGGCGGCGGCGGCACCGGCUCGGGCGGGCGCCACUCCUCCUCCCGCCACUCCGCCGAGGACCCGCGCGCCCCCCGCUCCUCCCGGGGCCACGCCAAGGACUCGUCCGGCCGCCCGGACUCCCGGGGCACCUCGUCCACCAUGCACAAGAGGGGCUCGUCCUCGCAGGGCCAUCACGGGAGCUCGGAUUACUCCCGCGACCCCUCGGGGCACCCGCACCGGCCGCAGAAACAGCAGACGCCCUCCGGCCGCCGGCAGGACGCAUCCCGGCAGCAGCAGCAGCAGCAGCAGCAGCAACAACCGCAGCAACAACAACCGCAGCAGCGCUCGUCUGGAGGCCCAGCUGCAGGGAGGCAAUCUGGCACUCAGCAGCAGCAGCAGCAGCAGGAGCAGCAGCAACCACCGGGGCAACAGCAGGGACAACAACCCGAGCAACAGCAGGGGCAACCGCAGGGGCAGCAACUAGCGGCGGCCGCCCAGCCUGCGCCCACCCAGCAGCAGCAGCAGCAGCCUAAGCCUGGACAAACCCAGGCCCCGCCCUCGGCUCGACAGCCACAGGCAGGCCCACAAGCUGGCCUUCAGCCCGCCCCAGUGGCAAAGACCGAACCUGCCGCUGAUGCCUCUAAGAUCGGGAUGAAGCCAGGACUCGCACAGGCCGCUAAGCCGCCCCAGGUUCCCCUGACGGGGAUCGGGUCGAAAGCAGUCCCCAGGCCGGGAGGAAUAGGCAGCGCUGCAGUGCCGCCGCCGGGGGCCGAAGGCGACAGCGUCCUCUCCAAAAUCUUACCUGGGAACGCGGCCGAGCAGGCGGGGAAGCUGGGAGACGCUGUCUCAGCUUUGGGCAAAAAGUUCACCUCUUUCUGGUAGACAGCAGGGUAGAGGGUUCUGUACAGUAGACAUAGAGACCAAUCUUGAGGCUUCGUACUGGAAAAACCUACGAACCCAGAACCCUGAACAAAUCAAAUACACCCAAACCCCAAACCCUUUAUCCCCACAAACCGCUACAGGUUAUCCCCACAGACCACCCCCGACCACACAUUCCACCACAGAGAGAGAGAGGGAGAGCAGAGGUCAAAGAGCAGCAUCCAGCCAAUCAGGAGCACAGAUUCCAAAAUGUGUGAGAGCAUCAUGGCUUCCUCCAGCAGGCAGUGUGCAUGUGAUCCUGCUGAUCUCGGAUCUGUCCUUUCAAACGUAAGCCUGUUGCCAAGGAAACUCUACAUCUGACUGAGGCAUUGUGGGGAAGGAAGGGCUCACUGGAGGACUGCGUUGGAGGUCCAUGGAGGACAGGUUGUGUGGAGCGUGUGUUCUCUGCGGAGUGCACGACCGCCACUCUGGAUCCCUGACUCCAAACGUGCCUGCUCGACUGGCCACACACAUUCCCCCUCUCUCCAGAUUUAACCCCAAAAGAACCGCCAUCUCUCCCGCGGUUACACCAAAAAUGAAAUGCAAUCUCCCCUCUUUCCAGAUAUUAAAGCCUAAAAUUCAAAGCAGUUCCCAGGUUUUUCUAGUACUAAAAGACGUAUCCUGUUGUGAAAGCACUUCGGGAAAAAACAAAAGAAGCAAAUAAUAAUAAAAAAUAAAAAAAUAAAAAAAGAUAAUUGUAAAGAAAACAAAAGAAAUCCUUACUCUUUGCUGGGUGACUGUUUUCUGUGUACAUUCCAGAGAGGAGAGUGCAGGAACUACAUCAGUACCCAACGCUUCUCAUCUCCCAAUGGGAAAUCACAUGAACAUUACACACAAAAACAGGAAAUGACAUCAGACCUGGCCAUGGGACUGGAGGCGGGAGGGACAGUGGUCAGGCUUCAUGUUUAGCCAUCUCAAAGCCAUGCUGAAACCAGGGGUACUAGGUCUCCGCAUUUAUUUCUGUACGUCUCUCAUUAUGAGUUUCUUAUCAUUUGCCUGAUAUUCUUUCACUGAGGAAAGAAGCAGCCUUAAUCAUUCUUUUUUUUUUUUUUUUUUUACUAGUAUUGUAUACCUCAUAUAUUUUUAUAAUCCAUAUUCCCCCGACCUACUUUCUUUGCACAACUGUAUACUACCGUAUGGAUCUAAGAUUAAUUAGAAUACAGACUGAUUUAAUUUUAUUUAUAUUUCGGGGAAUUCCUGUUUGAUUUAUUUGAUUUUUUUUGGACAUUAUUUAUAUUUUCAUUUUCAAUCAUCACAAUUAUUUUAUUUAUUAUCAAUAUCAUCGUUCUUGUAAUUGUUUUUUAUUAUAAUUUAAGGCGAUCGGUGUCCGAUGGUGAAGAGCACAAUACUGUGUUGUUUGUAAUACUGAGGCUGUGUGGCCUCUGUCACUAUUUUACAUACCUUUCCACUAGGGGGAGCACUGCACUAAAACAGGAACAGGAAGUCUCUGCGCUGAACGCA